AUGAAGAUGCAUAAAGAAAAUUCUGUGACGCACCUUCCGUCUGUGGAGCCUGACCCACACGUGUUCCACAUUGGUUGGUCUCUGGACUCCCACAGCACUCAGCUAGGCAGAGCACCUUUCUCCUGUGGCUACGAAGGCACUCAGAAGAAGUUCACCAAUAGCCUCUUUGAGAAAUCUGGAGACAAGUUUGCAGAGAAAGAUGUAACCGGCUGCUUUGUGGACUUUGAAUGUGGAAACGACAUGGAACUUUCCUUCACCAAAACUGGGAAGUGGAUAGGCACUGCCUUCCGAAUCCAGAAGGAAGCCUUAGGGGGUCAGGACCUCCACCCUCACGUCCUGGUGAAGAACUGUGCAGUGGCGUUCAACUUUGGGCAAUGGGCCAAGCCCUACUGUGCCGUCCUGCCAGGCUUCACCUUCAUCCGGCACCCUUCCCCAAGUGAGCACAACGCGGGCACCGUCGGACCAAAGAGCAAGGUGGAGUGUGAGAUUCUGAUGCUGACGGGCCUGUUGGCCGCCGGCAAAACCACAUGGGCCAUCAAAUGCGCAGCCUGCAGCCCCUUCAAGAAGCUCAACCUUCUGGGUGGCAGCGCCAUCGUGGAUGAGACGCAGGUAAUAGGCCUAGGCCUCAGUGGAACCACACGGGCCACUGCACAGUCCUGA